GCGAAGUUUCGUCGAAGAUGAAGAUCCCAGCGAUAAUCGCAACGUCUCUCCUUCUCUGGGGUUUUGCCAGCGCCUCUGGGCCGUACAUAAUUGGCAAACCGGUGGCAGCCGCAACCGGCUCUUCUUCAGCUGAGGCGCUGACCAGUAGUUGGAGGAAAACGGGUGGUGCAUAUGCUGGUGCCAGCGCGGCUGCAUCAUCCAAGACUGGUAAUAACAUCCUUAGCCGUAUGGGAACUACAAAACUAGCUACAACGAUGGCAACAUCUGCUGCAGUGGAAGCCAAAGCUGGUCUGCGGGCAAGCGAAAUAGCUGCUAAAGAACAACGAGAAGCGCUGCAAAUGCUCAUUGAGUCCGCUGAUAGAAACGCUAAGGCACGCAUUCUCGCCGAUGAUGCAGCAAUCCUCGUAAAAGGUAGUGCCGAGGCACAAUCCGUUGCUGAAGCGAAAACUGUUGCAGUCGAAGAAACGUCCGCUUCUUUAGCCGCAGCUGCCAUAGAGGCUGAGGCUAUUGCUGGGGAGUUUAAAACAGCGGCCCAAGCGGCUCUCCAAGCUGCACAAACUUCUGCUAUGUCUCUCAAGACUGCUGCCAGCACUGGUCUGAUGGCUUUAAAGUUAAUAAACAAUCAAGGUGUAGCUUCUGAAAAUGCUGCUAUAAAUAUGAAGAAGGCAGUGGCUAUUAUUGAGGAGGCUAAGGUUGCCGCUGAGAAAGCUAUGGCGGCUGAAAAAGCAGCAGCUGAAGCUACGGCUAUCGCUGCUGCGAAACAAUCGGAAGCUAGAGAUAUUGCCGCUGAGCUUAAAGCGGCUCACGCUGCACUUAUUACCGCUCAAAGAAAUCUUGUACAAGCCAAAGCUAAAGUGGUAAUGUCCAACGAAGAAGUUCAGUUGGACUCGAAAUCUAGAGCUGCUGAUGCUAAAAUAAAUGCCAUUGCUCGAGCGGCCGCCAAGUCCAGUAUACGCAGGGAGGAACUAAUUGAGAUCGGAGCCGAAUUUGGUAAAGCUAGUGGUGAAGUGAUCGCUACUGGCACACGUUCUACCGGCGGAAAAAGCGCUGUUGCUACUGCUGAAGCCACAAGCAGUGCAUCUGCAAUUGGCAUUAAAAAAGGACAUAAGUGGGAUUUUCACAAGAAUCUGGGACACUCAUAUGCAGCGGCUGACGCCGACGCCAGUAGCAGCAAUAUCAUCAUCGGUGGUCAUGGUUUAAAACGCGGUGAAGCAUCAGCAACUGCGGAAGCGGAAGCGGAAAGUGAUGUCAAAACCUUUCUACUAUAAGAUGCGCGAGUAAAAUGGCACUUGCACGCAUGUGAUUUCCUUUCAAUCAUAACGUAGCGGAAAAUAUUAUACAUCAUGAUUAUAUGAACUGUUCUAGAUGAAAGCACGAUUAUACCAACAGGAAUUAAAAACUAUAAUAAAAAAGCAGUGGUUUUGAAAUUCGAAA